AUGGCCACUUUGGUAGAACCAUCCGGCGGCGAGCCGUCCUCGGCCCCACAAUACGAUCAGAACUAUGACGACGACACUCCGCUCUUCACCUGUCUCUCUUGCAGCAUCGCUUUUCCCAACCCCGAGGAUCAGCGAACCCACUAUCGUUCGGAUUUGCACAGGUACAACAUGAAACGUCGUGUUGCCAACUUGCCUCCGGUCAAAGCUGAUGUCUUCAACGCAAAGAUCCUCGAACGACGUGCUGCUUUGGCACAAGAGGCUCAGACCGCUGUCACACCGGACAAGUGCGAGGCUUGCGACAAGAAGUUUGCUUCGCAGAAUGCUUAUCGUGAUCAUCUGAACUCGAAAAAGCACAAGGAGAACGUCGCCAGACUCGAGAAGCGAAGGCAAGAGCAGGCUGGACCCUCUAGCGCAGCCGCGGCGGUCGAGUCAAACGAUGAACAAGUGCCGCUUGUCUUCCGUGUCCCGAAGCCAGUUGGUGAACAGAUUGCCGAGUCUCCAACAGCACCAGCACUGACAAGGUCGACGACAGAUGCAGCCAUCGUCGCGGAAGAGAAGAAGCAGAACGCGCGCCACACCCUCAUGGUCCCCGAAGACGCGUCCGAGGAGCAGAUUCAGGCCGCCAUCGAUGCCAAGGUCGCCUCGUCGCGGCGCGUCGACCCGACUCACGAAUGCAUCUUUUGCGCCAAAACCGGCUUCACCGAACUCAAAGACACGCUGGCACACAUGUCCAAGGCGCACGGAUUCUUCAUCCCCGAUUCCGAGUACAUUGUUGACCUUCCCGGUCUCGUCUCCUAUCUUGCCGACAAGGUCAGCAUCGGCAACAUUUGCCUGUAUUGCAACGGAAGGGGGAAAGGAUUCCACAAUCUUGAAUCGGUGAGGAAUCACAUGUUGGACAAAUUUCACUGCAAGAUCGCGUACUCGGACGAGGAGGAUCAGCUGGAAUUGGGAGACUUCUACGACUUUACUAGCUCGUAUCCUGCAGAUGAGGAUGAGGAGUGGGAGGAUGCAGGCGAUGAUGAGGAUGCGGAUGAGGAGAUGGAGGUCGAUGGCGAGGAGCAGGUGUUGGACAUGACCACGAAGUCGAGCAAGAAGAAUGUCAGCGGUGCAGAGGAGGAGCACGAUGACCAAAUUCGAUACGGAGACUCGGAGCUGGAGCUUGUGCUGCCCUCGGGUGCACGUCUUGGUCACCGUUCGUUGCGUCGAUACUACCAGCAGUCUCUGCGCGAUACACCUCUGGGAUCAAGUGGUACCGACCAGGACCUUUCGCGCAGGUACGGCGGUGGAGGUGCACUCGCCCGUCGCCUCAUCGCCGAGUCCGGCAUGGGCCACCACGACGGAGACGGCACGCUCGUCACCGGACGUCACGGUCAAGUGAUCAAGGCGAGGAACCGCGGCGAGGCUAGAGAGGCCAAGAAGCACAUCACCGAGUUUAGGGAUAGAAACAAGAGGGAGCAGUACAAGACGAGGAUCGGGUUCAGGAACAACAACCAGAAGCAUUUCAGGGAUCCGCUUUUGCAGUAA